AGACGUCGCUCACACAAAACCCAAGCUGGGAAGUGUUUCUACCCCCUUAGUUCUCCUUGUCUGACUUUCCUAGUUGCAUCUAUUGAGGGUUUCGUCUUGUGUUCCCUUUUGAGUUGCCUUUAGUGGGACUUCUACCAAAACUUCUGGGUGGAAGCUGUACAUAUGGCUUCCUGGAAGGCCUGGAUUCUGGGCCUCCUUCUCGUCCUUCUCUGCUCAUUCCAGCUCCCUAAAGUACAGGGACAGGAACAGGAGCACCACCACCAUGACCAUGGCAAAGUAGAGCACCAUCACCAUGAGGAUGAAUACCAUCAUCACAAGGAACACCACCACCAUGGGCAUCAUAGUCAGCAGAGUGACAAUGAUGAGGAUGGUGAUGAUGAUGAUGAUCUCUCCCAGGCCACUCAGCAUCAUGGACAUCACCAAGAAGGCCAUCAUUCCCACAAAGAUGAUGAGAAGGAGCAUCACCACCACCACCAUGAUCACCAUGGUGAUGAUGGAAGUGACACUGGCCAAAGUGAACAUCAUCAUCAUCAUCAUCAUCAUGAACAUCAUAGCAGCCAUCACCACCACCACCACCACGAUGAUGACGACGACGACGAUGAGCAGGAGGACCAACAUCACCACCAUCAUCAUGAGCAUCAUAGUGAACAUCACCACCACCAUGAUGAUGAUGAUGACGACGAUGAUGAUGACGACGAUGAGGAUGAACAUCACCAACAUCAUGAACAUCAUGGUAUCCACCACCAUCAUCACCAUGAUGACGAUGAUGAAGAAGAUGAGGAUGAACACCAUCACCAUCAUGAUCACCACCAUCGUCACCAUGAUGAUAAUGAUGAUGAUGAUGACGACGACGAUGACAGUGAUGAAGAAGAGCACACCAGGCAUCACCAUCAUUACCAUGAUGGUAAUGAUGAUGAUGACGACGACGACGACGACGACGAUGACGAUGAUGAUGAUGAGGAGGAGAAGGAGUCCCAUGGACACCAUCAUCAUGGUGGCCAUCAUCACCAUGAUGAAGGAGAGGAAGACAAAAAGCACCAUCAUCACCACCAUCACCAUCAUCCUGGUGAUAAUGAAGAAGAGUCUGAUGAAAGUGCUUCUAAGGAAGAAGAUGAACAUGAACAUGAAGGACACAAAGAAAAGCAUCACAAACAUGAAAAGUCCAAGAAACACCAUGAAGGAGAAGAAGAAGAAGAUGAAGAAGAUGAGGAUGAAGAUGGUGACUAUGAGGCAGGCUCUGUUUGCCACUACUGUGCCUUCUGCAAGCAUUGUGAUGAAUGUGACAAAUGUCCUUGUAAAGAAGGAGACAGCAGUGAAUACUGUACAAGCUGUCAGUAUUGUCAUUUCUGUUACAUUUGCCCUGUGUGUGAAACAGCCUGUGCACCAGGGAGCAUCGUAGAUGAAUUAUCAGGAGCUUUAUUUCAGACAAUUGCCACCAUUUUUGAGCAGCAAGAGCACUGAAGCACCCCUCCCUGGAGAGGAGAAAACCUAAAAGGAAAGGAACAGCAAUCCUUGACCUUUAGGGACAAACAGCACCAGAUGAGCAGUUCCAUGAUUUUUCUUCCUAAUAGUUUUAUUCCCUCCCCUGUACUCUUAAAGCUCUACUCCCCAUUUUUUCCCUUCCUGGGACAAAAGAUAAAGGGCCCCCUUACCAAGUUUGAAAAAGUUUUUAAAAAUUGUACAUAAACUCCCAGAACCCACCAGCUAAGCAUUCUGGUAGUCCAGAAAAGUAAUUUUUCCAAGUCUGCCUAUAUCUUUCACAGCUGGUAAGAAAGAAACCUUGGUGGAGGAGUGAUUUUGAAAGAUUUUAAUAGUCCAGUUAUUUCCUCCACACGCUUACGGUUUCAACUUCCAGCACCUUUGUUUCCUUCAAAAGAAAACCCUCCAUUGAUAGGAAGAAUCACAGAACUCAAGUCUUGUGUAUUUGAUCCUUAUAGCUUAGUAGAAAGGCCCUUCCAUGCAGGCCAGGACCUGUUGGGCAAGGAGAAAAAUCCACAUUUUACUGAACUAAUCCACCUUGGGGCAAGGGAUACUGUAGGCCUUACCUAACACCUCUGUGCUCUACGUUUCCCCAGCCGCUGAAUUACUACAAGCUUAAUCACAUUUGUGGCUUGUUUCUGAGGGAUAGGUCUACUUCUCACAUCUGUCAGAUCCCUAGAUAUUGUUUGGCCUACAACCCCUUUGGGAAACUUUAAAUGGAAAGCAGCACAUCACGUUUCAUAGACUAAAUAUGUGCAAGUGCCGUCAUCCCAUUUAUGGGAGUUAUAACCCAACAAAACUUGAGAGUUCCAGGCUGAGUUAAUUUGUACCAUAUGAUUUUACAUCUUUCGGUGACUUGCUGCUGAAUUCUGAACUGACUUCAUUUGUUUUACACCUUAGGAUAGUUUAAUUUGAGCCAUGACCAUUCAUACACAGGAGCACAUACUUGGUAACUGCUAUCAUCAAAGGAUAGAUAUGCCUGUAUGAACAAGCUUUUAAGUUGCACUGCAAACCUAAAACUGCUUCAGCCCCAAUAUGAUUGAAGUCAUUUCCUCCCAAGGAAUGCUGGACAUGGAGUCUUUUAUGAAACUGCCAAACAGUCAGUUAGAGAUCACCAGAUCUUCCUAGAAUAAUAAACCAUCACAGCUAAAACAUCUGCCAUUAUCUCAAGUAAUACAACCUGUGCUGCAAACUUAAAAGCUGGUUUUAUAAUGGUAUGAGAGGAAUGGAGCACUGCAGCUGUUGUUAGGACUACAGGUCCCAUUUUCACAUAUCAUUGCCAUGUAGACUAGAGCUGAUGGGAGCUGCAGUUGAACACUUGGGGGGCCAUAUGUUUCCUUUCUUCAUUCUGCAAGUGCCUUUGCUCCACUGCACAUGUCAUAUUGCAUCUGAUGUUCCUCUUAACUGUCAGAAGAUAGGAAGCUCUGUCCUCCUAUGUGCAAAUUGAAUGUAGUAACGUAAGGAAUUUUCCUCGUGCCUAGAGUAACAUCUUACAACUUUAAAUCUAAUUGAAAACUACUGCUACCAUUGUUGUACAAAGGAAGCUGAAAUAGAAGCUGGCAGUUUUUUCUUUUUAGUAACUGGCAGAGGGAAAUACAUCUGUCAGAGAUCAAAAUCUCAAGUUGUUGAUAUAUGCAUUUAUGCCAUUUCCAAUUCCGGGUGAUCCUAAUGUGAACCUGUAAUGAGGUUUUCUUUGUUCAAAGGCUGAAAGUGGGUGACUACUCAAGUUCACCCAAUGGGUUUCCAUGGUCAAAUGGAGAUCUGAACACUGAUCUCCUAGAGUCCGUAUGACAAGGGGUGAGGAAGCCUAUCACUUUAAAAAGCAAUCCCUGUGUGAAUAGUCUGGAACAAGACACAAAGCUUUAGCUUUUCAUUUCUUAUGAUCUCAUGUUUUGGGACUCUUCUGCUUUGGCUGAAGUAAAAGAAAUCUCCUCUCCCACUCCUUUGUGAUCCUCCUCCCCAGUUGCCUUUUUUAUUCUUAAUUUAUAGCCAUUGCUUUGUUUUGUUUUAAUAGAGAAUAACAAUUAAAAAAUUUCUUCUGA